GGGGCUCCCGGCGCUGGGGGUCGAGUCGGCUGCGGAGGACGCGGCGCUGCUGAGGCUCUCCAUGGAGCGCGCGGGCCGCGCGCGGUGACACGGCACAGCCCCGGCUGAGGUCCUGUGGGCACAGAAAGAGGCGGAUGGAGCCGGGAUCCCGCCAUGGGGCACCCGCGGCGGCGGCACCGGUGCAGAUCCAGCAGGAACCCGGGUGCUGCCCCCCCGGCCCCGGCGCCGCCGUACCCUCCUCGUGCCGGUCGAACGGGUGCCUCCCGGAGCAGAGCACCAUGGCAGUGCCGGGCGCCGCCACCGCCGCUGCUGUGUGAUGGGGGAACAUCCCUUUGUGACAUCCCCGUGGAACAGGAGCUCCGGCACCCCCAGGUUCCACGGGGGCGCGGGGCCGCCAUUGGCACCACCGAGCAGCACAUGGAGCCAGUGCCGCGCGCGGGGCUCACGGUCCUGGCCUGCUAUGACCGGCUGCGGCGUGAGAUCCAGGCGCUGCUGGCGGAGAAUGAGGAGCUGGCGCGAGCCGUGGGGCGGCUGCAGGACCAGCGGCAGCUCCGGCACCGCCAGUGGGGUGUGCCCGGCUCAGCACCGCCGCUCGGGCCCAGAGCCGGCUACUUCCCCUUCCCCGGCACAGCAACUGGUGCGCCGGAGCUGGCACCACUGGAGCAGAGCUCCCCGUGGGACAUCCCCCGUCAGUCGCAGGAUGGACCCUGGGCCCCACUGCCGCUGGGGUCAACAGGCACCGACAGCAGCGCCGGCAUCAGCGGUGGCGGCAUCAGUGGUGGCGGCAUCAGCGGCAGCGGCAUCGCUGGUGGCGGCAGCGGCAUGAACAGCGCCAUGAGCAGCGGCAUGAUAUUUGCUGAUGGCAGGAUCAGAUCGCUCCCGGUGACCGUGCCCGGCCCCCCCGCCGCCGACAGCCACCGGCUCUCGUGCCCCCUGAACCGCUUCAGCCCCGCCGGCGGCACCGGCUCCCGGACCCCACCCGUGGCUCUGCGGGACCCCUCGGCGCUGGAGCUGAGCAGCGGCAGCAUGAGGCUGUCGGACCUGCGGGCGUCGGGGGGGAGGACCCCCCCGUACCCCUUCCCACCGGCAGCGGCCCCGGUCCCGGCCCCGGCGCCGGCCCCAGCACAGGCCCCGGCCCCGGCCCUGGCACCGGCUCUGGCACCGGCCCCGGCCCCGGCCCUGGCACCGGCCCCGGCACCGGCCCCAGCCCCGGCAGCGCCACCGACACCACCGCAAGCGCCGGGGGUGCAGCUGCCGGGUUCGUCCGCGGGGCAGGACUCGCAGCAGAGCUCCGGCUCACAAGGCAGCCGGCACCCGUCUUGGGAGCAGCUGGUGGGUGAGAUCGCGUUCCAGCUCGACCGCCGCAUCCUCGCCAGCGUCUUCCCCGACCACGCGCGGCUCUAUGGCUUCACCGUCGCCAACAUCCCCGAGAAGAUCAUGACGAUGGCGCUGAACAUGGUCCCGGGCAGCUUCGAUGAGCGCUGCUGCAUCGCGGCCGUGCGGCGCUACCUCGGCGUGAUGGGGCGGCUGCAGGCGCUGGGCUACAGCCCCUCGGUGCACCCCGCCUUCACCGAGGCGCUGGUGAACACCUACGGCAUCCUGGCGGGGCCCAACAGCCUGGACGCGCGCCACAGCCCGGCCUUCCUGCGCCGCGUCCUGGCCGAGACGGUGCCGCGCACGGCGCUGCAGGACGCGAUGGUGCUGCUGGACUGCCUGGAGGAGCUGGCGCGGGAGGACGGGCACCCGCUGUUCUUCUGGUGAGCGCCGGCACCCGCACCGGGCAAUAAACCAGCUCCAAAACA